AUGGCCUCGGUUUCAUCCAAAGUAUUCGCUGUCACAGGCGGUGCAUCUGGGAUUGGCGCCGCAACCUGUCGACUUCUAGCGGAAAGAGGAGCCAAAGCCGUAUGUAUUGGAGAUAUCUCUCACCAGAGCCUGGUCAAAGUCAGAGAAUCCAUCCAAGCUACAUAUCCCCAGACAGAAAUUCACUGCACCGUUGUAGAUGUGACGUCUUCAUCUUCCUUGAAUGAGUGGAUCGGGACUAUCACGGCUCAGUUUGGACGACUCGAUGGCGCUGCUAAUAUUGCUGGCCUUGCCCAGGGGGCUGGAACACGCCAGUCCCCGACUCUUCUUGAAGAAGAUGAGACAGAAUGGAAACGAAUCUUCCAGGUCAAUCUUGACGGUGUAUUUUUUGCAAUAAAAGCCGAGAUUAAAGCCAUGAAGCCAAUGCUAGGAGAUCGGAGCAUCGUGAACGUCUCGAGCAUUGCAUCGAUGGUACAUAUGCCGGAUGUCUUUGCCUAUGGAACAUCCAAGGGGGCUUGUGCUUAUCUGACGACGUGUGUGGCUCAAGAUGUAAUCCCCUUUGGAAUUCGUGUCAACACCGUUUCGCCCGGAAUUACGAGAACCCCAAUGCUACCUAAGUUUGCUCCCGGAAAAAGCGCACAUGAGGUGGAGGAAGAGUAUGUCAAGGAAGGCUAUAUCGUGAUUGAGCCGGAGGAUGUUUCGCGUACUAUCGUUUGGCUAUUGAGCGAAGACUCCCGUCCUGUAUUCGGAGCGAACAUCAAUAUUGGAGCUGGUAUCCCAUGA